AGAAGGGAGCAAACAAAAGCAAACACACACACACACACAGAGGCGCCAAAGUUUCCUCCCUCUUUCUCUCUGGGCGCCAGCCGCUCGCAGAGCCUGCUUCGGGUCGCCAUUGGCAGCCUGGCGUGGCAAUCAAGGCUUGGCAGAAAGAAGGCGACGAGCGAGAGCAGCCCACGCACCCCUCCGGAGCGCGCAGGGCCCCGUGGCGGGCGCAGCGCUCGUUUCUCUCUACCAUCCCCUCCAGCGCGCCGGCGGCCAGGUGUUGGUCCGGCAGCGGCGGCGGGGAUCGCGCUCCCUCUCCGGGAUCCGUGUGUCCGCGCGCGGACUUUUGCAGCACCUCCUCUUUGUCCUCGGCUCAGCCGCGCGGCCCCCGCCAUCUGCCAGCAGACAACUCCGGCCGUUGCGAAGAGAGGGAGGCGAGGAGCGGAGAGGCGAGGCGAGGCGGGGGGAAUAUGGGGGGCCGAAGGCAGAGCAAGGCUGGGGUGCGGAGCGGGCCGGGCAGCAGCGGCUGGCCCUGGGAUCCUCUGGGCCAGGCGGUGCUGGGCUGGCUCCUGCUGGCCCCGUUGCUGCUGCUGCUGCUGCAGCCGCCGCCUGCAGCUCACGCCCAGCAGGAGCGUUCGUGCAGCGGAGCUUUCGAUCUGUACUUCGUCCUGGACAAAUCAGGGAGUGUGCUGCAUAACUGGAUUGAAAUCUAUCACUUCGUAAGGAAUCUGACGGACAGAUUUGUGAGCCACCAGACGAGAAUAUCCUUCAUAGUGUUUUCCUUGAAACCCACCGUCAUUCUGCCAUUAACAGGAGACAGAACUGAAAUUAGGAGGGGCCUUGAAGAGUUGCGUAAUGUUAAGCCAGAAGGUGAUACAUACAUACAUUUAGGAUUACAAGAAGCAAAUCAACAAAUUUCGGAAAAAGGCGCAAAGACAAGCAGCAUCAUCAUUGCUCUGACCGAUGGAAGGUUGCAAGGCCUUAUACCACAAUAUGCAGAAAAAGAGGCAGACUCUGCCAGGAAAUUGGGAGCAAGAGUUUACUGCGUUGGAGUCCUUGAUUUUAACCAAGAACAGCUUGAAAGUAUAGCCGAUUCGAAAGAGCACGUCUUCCCCGUCAAGGAAGGAUUCCAAGCCCUCGGAGGGAUAAUUAAUUCUAUACUGAAGCAGUCGUGCACAGAGAUUUUAUAUCUGGAGCCCUCGAGCGUUUGUGUAGGAGAGAAAUUUGAAGUUGUUCUAAGAGGAAAUGGCUUCACAUUGGGAAGGACUCAAGAUACUGUUGUUUGCAAAUACGUUUUCAAUGAAACCACAAUAAUCAAUGAAAAGCCCAGAAAGGUGGACUCUAGUUUUAUGCUCUGUCCCGCACCCAUUCUUCAUGAAGUUGGCCAAAAACUGGAAGUUUCAGUCAGUUUCAAUCAGGGGCUGUCUUCAGCCUCUGGUUCUGUGACAAUUACUGCAACAGAAUGUACAAAUGGUAUUGCUGCACUUAUAGCUAUUCUAAUAUUGUUAUUGCUGCUGGCUAUCGGUCUCCUCUGGUGGUUCUGGCCUCUGUGUUGCAAAGUGGUCAUUAAGGAUCCUCCUCCAGUACAGCCACCACCUCCAAUAGAAGAAGAAGAAGAUCCUUUGCCUCAAAAGAAAUGGCCAACAGUGGAUGCUUCUUAUUAUGGUGGACGAGGAGUUGGUGGAAUUAAAAGAAUGGAGGUGCGUUGGGGUGAUAAAGGAUCGACUGAAGAAGGUGCCCGGCUAGAGAUGGCCAAAAAUGCUGUGGUGACACUCCCAGAAGAAUCUGAAGUAGACUUUCAACCUAAACCACCAAAACCCAAGCCUACCUCACUGCCUCCUCAGGCAAAGUGGUACACACCAAUUAAGGGUCGACUUGAUGCACUGUGGGCUUUGCUGAGACGGCAGUACGACAGAGUGUCUUUGAUGCGACCACAACAAGGAGAUGAGGGUCGAUGCAUCAACUUCUCCCGGGUUCCGUCUCAGUAGAGGAAGACAAAAGGAUGAAAAGCCAUCACUGUUGUAUUGUAACCAAAGGAAGAUAAUGAAGCACUUAAAACCAAAUUCUCCAAACCACUUCAGCCUGGAAGUUUUGCUCUGUUUCAUUCCACCACAAACCACCUACUCUGCUGCACUAAGCUCAUAUAUCCGCCAUUUUCUUUUAAGCUUGUUACCUCACACAGUAUUCAUUACAGUAUUAUACAAUUGUGGUGGUGAUGUGGAAAAGAACAGGAGAAGAACGUCAGCUUUGCAUGCCUGGGUUUCCACUGAAAAUCCAGUACAGAAAUCGCAAGCAAAUUACCAAAGAUGUUGGCUUUUGUUGUUGUAGAUGAACAGUACAUAUUCAAGCCUUUAUGUGCCUUUAGCAGGAGCUACAUUGUCUCUCAGUUAUGAAGGCGGCACUCGUUAUUUAAAUAGGGAACUAUUAGCCACAGGCAGAAGAGUGAAAUUCCCACCAGGCCUGGAAAAAUGUAAGAGUUCAUUGCCUUACAGCGAUGUCAUAUCACUAAAUCCUUCUGAGUCUCCCCCCCACACCAGAUUAUGCCUUACGGGAACCUUCUGACUGAAAAUCUUGUCAUCCUAACACUGAGCAGUGCGCAUGCAUGACAAAAUGUAGACAUGAUGCCUCAAGGUAUUGGUGGCAAGCAAGACUUUGCCCUUUCGUUUCUGAAGACACCUUUCUUUCAUUAUGUACCCAGGACAGGAAGAAAAAUUAAUAGAGCGUUAUUCUACAGGAAGACAGCCUGUAACCAGAGAUCUUGAGCGGAGAUGGAAGGACUGAUGCUUCAAGGCCUUGGCACUGUGGCUGAUAUUUUCCACCCUUUUCUGCACUUGGCGUUCAGUAGCGCAUAAAAACAAUACCCUUUGUAAACAUACCUAGUAGUUCUAAGCUUGUGUAUGGGGAUGAUGGUGACAAGAUUGAAAAAAAGCAGUUGCCACAAAGCUCGUAUCUCAGGGUCCGUCCCCCCCUCACAACUCUCCAAGGGCUCUUCAGCGUCACAAGCCAGCAACUCUCUUUGCAUGAGAAUUUCAAAGUUUAAUUAAUAUAAUUAAAGGCAACAGCAAGCAGCAGCCUGUGAAGGUUUUGCUCAUCUUUUUUAUGCCUUUUGACAUUGAAUGACCUAUUACUGUAUGCGCAUUACUCAGUUUUUGAGGGGGUACCAUGCCUUGGUGGAGAUUCAACACUGGGGCCAACAAAAACAGCAACAAUGAUAGAAGGAGAGAGACUAUCUUCCCUCCAUUAAUACAUUAAAUAUACAAGAGUGCCGACCAUCGGAAAACAUUGACAAAGUAUGUAUAUAAUUUUUUAAAAAAAGAAAAAAAAACAGUGUUGUGUCACGUCGGCGGUGCCAAAUUAUGUUAGCGUGAGUGGAAACACUGUGGGGGAGGAAGGAGGCAGCAGCUGAAGAAAAAGGCUCAAAUGAUCCAGUCACUUUCGAUACUGUACUUCAGAUGCAAAAUGGAUAUUCAAGUCGAAACCUGACAAAGUGCGCCUGCUUUGAUGGGAACUGGUAUAGACAAUGACCAGUGGCUGGGUCAGUGGGAUGUCUCUCUGCGAGCAGGGAGGCUUAUCAAAUGACACUAAAAAUAAGUUCAACAACCAUCACGUUUGAGGGGGAAAGGCGAACAUUUCACAUUUGGUGGGCAUGCAUGUGCGCAAGACGGGAAAGAGCGAAGGGAUGCGUACUGGUCUAAUUAUCCCCUUUGUUGCUUUUCAUUGAAAUUGUAAGAGACAUGAAACAAUUCCCUUGGUCGAUGGCCAAAUUUGCAGCUCUUCUCGAACAAGACUUCCGCCACACCUUAGCCUUGUGCUUACAUUUAUUACUGGCUUGAGAUUGUUUACGCCACCAGUAAAAUUACCAACGCCCCAGGUGAGCAGCCAUGAACAAAAUCCUUUACCUAAGGUUCUACUACGGUCACUUCUCUCUUUUAUUUAAACCCUUCUUUCCAGAGCGUAUGCAUUCUUUGACUGGGGCUGAAAUCUUCUCCACUCGGCUGGGUUCAGCCAAUAGAUGCACCUUCCCAUGUCAUCACAUGAGGUCUAAGAAGGCAUGUCACAGGCUAACUCAGGGGGUUUACGCUUGUUGUACAAUUAUUUAAAUUGGUCAGAUGCUACAUGUAUAAUAUGGCUUGUUUGCUGUAUACAUAAAGCAAGAAAAUGUGCCACAAUUGCUUUUUGUGAACUCUAGUGGGGAUGGAAUUUUAUCUUUAAGAUCAGAUCUACAGACCUUUUGGACAGAGGCUAGGAGUAAUCAUGUGGUCCAUUUCAGACAUUGUAGGCACGAAAUCUCUCCACAAGUAACGAUUUAGUUUACUGCAUAUCCCUGGUUAAGUCUGUAUGUGAAUUCUUAUUUCCUCUGCUAGUAGUGAUAAUCAGAUGAUAUCUAUUUUCUAAUAUGCUACUUUUACUAUACCUGCAUAAAUGGCACUAGAGAAUCAGUUCAAAAUAUUGAAACAUUGAAAUAUUAAAUUUGAAAUAAAUUAAAACAUUCCCUGCGUAAUGAAAGUCUGCAUUUGAACUGAAAUGCUUAGAAAAACAAAUAUUUUUCUUUCCUGUAAAAUAGCAUAAUUGAAACCACUUAUUUAAAUUAGGACCAAAAAUUGUUAUGUUGAAAGCUCUUGUUUUGCAGGAGAUUUCAAAAAUGAAUAUUUAAAGAGAACACGUGGUUAAAAUAUCUGUUGCAUUUAAGAAGAUCACAUUUUAAACUGAUCAUACAGUUCUAUCUAUAUAGUUUUCUAUUUUCAAGAAAUAAAAUGCUGAAACAUGAUUAUUUAUUUUAAUAGUCUUUUAUUAAGGAGAAUAAAAAUUUCUCAGGGCUUAGUGUUGCAUAUUUUCCUUUAAAAAAACCCCUUUUUUGUUGUUAUUUCUGAACAUCAUAAAUCUUAAGUGGUAAAAAGAAAAAUUGCUCCAAUAUAUGUAAUGAUAGAAACUGGGGAUAAUUUAUGACCUAUUUGUAAAAGAGUGGAUUAAUAAUAGCAUGACUGUGUUUACCGAAUUUAUGUCCAGCAAGCUUCCAUACACAUGAACCAAAGCAUUAUUAAAUUAAUAAAAUUUAUUAAGUGUAUUAAAGCUAUAUGUUUAUAAAAUUG